CACUUUCUUCCACAUUUCACAGUUCGUGAAGGGCAAGCAAACCAAAAAGCCUAAAAUAGUUAUUGACUUUGAACUUUAUCUUUUCUUAGAUUCAAGGUUUGAAAGAUCAAAGAGAAGCAAAACGAGAGCGUGAUCUAUCAAAUUCGACAGAAAAACAAAAAAAUGGAGAAAGAGAGCGAGUUGAUUCGGCGAUGUAUAGAAGCAGCUUGCCAAAGCAAAGAGAGCGUGGAGAAAUGGCGGAGACAAAGAAGAACUCUGGAGCGAUUGCCUUCUCACCUUUCUCAGUCUCUGCUUCGGAACCUCCUCCGUCGUGGCCUUCUCUUCCCUUCCUUGCUCGAAGUGUUCAAAUAUAGUGUGGAGGAGAUAGAUCUUAGAGGAGAGAAUUCUGUUGAUGCGGAAUGGAUGGCGUAUUUAGGCGCAUUUCGUUAUCUACGAUCACUUAAUCUCGGUGAUUGUCACAGAAUUAAUAAUUCUGCUGUUUGGUCUAUAGUAGGGAUGACUAGUCUAAAGGAGGUGGACCUUUCGCGAUGCAUGAAGGUUACUGAUGCUGGCGUUAAACAUCUUAUAUCCAUUUCAACUUUGGAAAAGUUAUGGAUUUCAGAGACCGGGGUAACUGCGAAUGGGGUUGCGCUGCUUGCAUCACUUAAGAAUUUGUCUGUAUUAGACUUGGGUGGUUUGCCUGUUACAGAUUCCGCAUUGAAUUCUCUUCAGGCAUUGACAAAGCUACGGUACCUUGAUCUUUGGGGGAGUAAAAUAUCUAACCAAGGGGCUUUGGUCCUUCAAAGGUUCCCCAAACUGAGCUUCCUCAAUCUUGCUUGGACCAAUGUUACACGCUUUCCAAAUUUGUCUGCUCUUGAAUGUUUGAAUAUGAGUAAUUGUACCAUUGAUUCUAUCCUUGAAGGCAAUGGUGAUAAAGCUCCUUUGCUGAAACUUGUUUGUGCCGGAGCAACUUUUAUGAAUGAGGCUGAGGCCUUUUUAUAUAUCAAGACAAGUUCCUUAUCUUUGUUGGAUGUAUCCAAAUCUUCCCUUAGCCGGUUUGGCGUUUUAGCUGAUAUGAAAAUGCUUGAACAUUUGGAUCUCAGCUCUGGCACCAUGGGGGAUGAUUCUGUUGAAAUGAUUGUAUGUAUUGGAGCCAAUCUGAAAAAUCUAAAUCUAAGCAGCACAAGAGUCAGCUCUGUCGGAAUUGGGAUUUUAGUCGGACAUGUUCCCAAACUUGAAAAUUUAUCUUUAUCUCACACAGCAAUCGAUGAUGUUGCCUUGUCAUAUAUCGGCUUGAUGCCUUCACUUAAGGUUAUCGACUUAAGCAACACAAACAUUAAAGGUUUUUUUCUCCAGCUAGGCACUGAGUCGCAUGUGGAUAGCACACUAACAGCACUUCAAAAUCUUAGUUAUCUGGAGAGCUUAAACUUGGAGCAUACACAAGUUAGGGAUCCGGAUUUGCACCCUUUAUUGAGUUGCAAAAACCUGAGCCAUUUGUCUCUCAAAUGUGCGUCUCUUACAGAUGCCACUUUGCAUCUCCUUUCGUCUCUCCCAAAGCUGACAACACUUCAUGUCCGUGAUGCUGUAUUAACAACUAAUGGUCUGGACGCAUUUAGCCCACCAACAACACUGAGAGUACUGGACCUGAUGGGUUGUUGGCUUUUAACUGAAGAUGCUAUCUCACAAUUCUUAAAGAAACAUCCUCAAGUUGAGAUACGACACGAAAUUGUUCAAAACCUUUCAACAGAGCAUCAAACAAUUUCGAACCGCCUAUCCACAUCACAACAAUCUUUGAAGGGACCUCAAAGGAACAAAAAGCAGGGAAAUCUGCCUAUGCCUGAGUUUUUUGUUGAUCAAAGAUUGAAAUAUAACAGAGAGGAGCUACUUGCGCUACAGUUUUCACCUCUAUCCCUUCAAUCUCCCCAUGAUGCAGGUGGUGUCACACCCAAUGUAUAAUCAUAUCAAAUGGUCUAAUUCAAUUGACAACAACUUCUUGACAUGGUGGUAACAUGUAUAUAUUGAGGCACGUAAGCUUGGUUUUGGUUUAAGCAUCCCACCCUGGAUCCCCAAUGUAUAUAUAUGCUACCGGAGUCGUGUCCUUGCACUUGUAUGAUGAGCUGUGUUUUUGUCCCCCUUUCUUCUCUAGUAUUUUGAGUUUUGAAUGAAGGUUUUGAAUCCUAGCUGGCCGAUGAGGUUGAUCUGCAAUUAUAUUUACUUGAAUUAGUAAUGGAAAGUUGAAAACUGGAUUGGCUUCUCAUUCACACCCUCUCCAUCAUCCCUUUCGUUACAAGUGUUUAGAUUUGAGUGGCCUUAAAUAUUUUGUGGGUUUUCAUUUAUAAAAAUUCUGGGCCAAAUUUUCAUUCAAUGAAAGUGUCACCUCCCUCUCUCGUUGUCUAGCGAGCACGAUGUCAAACCAAACACUAGUUUGUAAGUUUUCGUUAUGUUGAAACUUGAUUAUUUGUGUGGUUGUAUUGUAUGUUUCUUUUUCAUCCAAUAAUAAAUAUGUCAAAAUUAUAUGAAGAAUAUAAUUUCUCUAUUA